GUCACGGAGUCGCUAGUCGUUGCUGGUGGCUAACCAGGUCACCUGCGAGAUAGACGGCAAGAGUCGUAAGGUUCUGUUAGAGUGGCGGUAGCAAGUCCGUUCUACCAAAAAUAAUUUUUUUAGGUUAAAUACCACCUUGGUUUUCUGUUUGAGACGGCUGACGUUUAAUUUGUUUUUGGAGCGGAAUCAGAAAUCAACGGAACAGUAGAAGAGAAAGACAAGGAGAGAUGUCAUACUACUCCUCCCGUAGUUCGUCUCGGGCCACUGACUGUAAAGUGUACGUGGGUGACCUGGGCAAUGGUGCUGCCAAGGGGGAGCUGGAGCGGGCGUUCAGUUAUUAUGGCCCACUGAGAAGUGUCUGGGUGGCCAGGAACCCACCCGGGUUUGCCUUUGUGGAGUUUGAGGAUCCCAGAGAUGCAGAAGAUGCUGUGAAAGGCAUGGAUGGGAAGGUCCUUUGUGGCUCCCGUGUUCGUGUGGAGAUGUCAACAGGCCUCUCCAGGAAGGGCCGUGGGCGCCCCAGCCGACGCCAGUUCGACCCCAAUGAUCGAUGUUACCAGUGUGGGGACCGGGGCCACUAUGCCUACGACUGCUACCGCUUCAGCAAGAGGGGCCGUCGCAGCAGGUCCCGCUCUCGUUCUCGUUCUCGCUCCAGGUCUAGGUCCCGUGGGCGCCGUUAUCGCUCCCGCUCCCGCAGUCGGAGCCACAGCCGGAGCCGUCGCCGAUCUCCAUCCUAUUCCAGACGCAGGAGCAGGUCUGGCUCUCCAACCCGUUCCAAGUCCAGGACUCCAGUGAGAAGUCGAUCCAGAUCUCGGUCUCGGUCCGGCUCUGCGCCUAGAGGGCGCUCUGCAUCCCGAUCCCGAUCCCGAUCUCAGUCAGCCAACCACAAGAGGAACAGCGUGUGGUGGGAGCUGAGCACUGCACUGACACCGCAGCUGAUCCCAGGCCCAGGGUCUGCCAGCUGGCGGUGUGUACGUCCUGCGGGAGGGUGACUUAAGCGCUGACCUGAGAUCAGCCUUCGCCUGCAUCCGGUGUUAGACAGCGAGAAAGAGGUCGACCUACCGACCGAUCCCUCCCCACAGUGAUGGGUGACCGUCUGUUCAACCGACGCACACGCUCAGACGAGAUCAGCCCGCGCACACAUACAGUUGUUCUACUAGAGUCACCCACCCAGCCAGACUUCAGAUGUGCCAGAGGGCUGAUCCACACAGAUCAGAGUUCGACCACUACCUUUUUAAAUCCAUAACCUACCUACCAGACCCCCUACCUACCAGAGUUCUUCGGCCUCUGUCUUAGCUUCUGAAAGUGAUCAUCCGUCCUUUCAUCCUUCGCUUCUCUGUACUUGUUGUUUCUGCCACUGUCUCCAAAGGUAACCAAAAAUCAAACCCCCUGACAAGCUCAUGUUGAUGAUGAAAGAAAAUGCACAGACUUGAUUUAGUCUGGAAAACUGGUGAAGGUAGAGCUAAAGUUGAGCCUUUAACAAGCAUGCACAGAGUACAAAUGUGUGGCUGCGUGUGAGAGUGCGAGGGUGACUGAGUGCGAGAGAGGAAGGCUAAAUGAAUUUAAUGGGCUGCUACCUCUGCAGAGGCUUUGUCAGAUAUGUUUUUCUUCUUGUGCCUCACAUCAUUACCACCACCAUUAGUCUGCCUUUCCAUCUAUUUUAGUACUUACAAUAGGAAUGGUGGCUUUCAAAUUUGUAGUUCCUUCCCCGGUCAUGAUUUAGAACAGGUUCCAUCUGUUUGUGCUGCCCCCUUUCUGUGUUUGUAGUUGUUGAAGGGUUAAGUCCUAAAUCAGAUCUGUAUCUCUCCUGUAUUUAUCUCCAUGGAGUAGAAAUUUUGCCAACAAUCUGUUUUAGUUGCAAAUGAAAAGACAGUUUCAAAGACUUGUCAUUUAAUUUAAUGUUAAAUGUUUGGCCUGGGGGUUCAGUCAUGUAUUUAGCUUUUGUCCCUGGACAGUUAUAUUAGAAAAAAAAGAUUAGUUGCAUUAGAUGGAAGUAUGCCACUUAAAGACAGAUUUAAAAAAAAAUAUAUAUAUAUAUAUGGCGCUUGAGAUGAAGCUUUGUUUGAGAGGUCAAAGAGGUAUUCAGACAGUGAACAGUUAAUAUCAGAAUCCAUCCAGUCUUUUACACACUGAAUUAAAAUGUGGAGUAAUGUGGGAUUUUGUCAUCAUUCUUCCAGCCUCCCCUGUGGCGAGCUAACUCUUGUCUUUUUCUGUUUCAGUCGUUCCCGUUCAGCAAGUCCAAACCGCAGCCCUACGCCAGCAGACGACUAAGUGACGAAGACUAUUAGUCCCCCACCCCACCCCCCACCAGUCUCCUUAACAGACAGACCCUCAACCCUUGCACCAUGUCUGCUUUAACAGUCUGCCCUGCAGCAGCAGUUUUUGUACUUGUCUGUCUAGUCCCAGUUGUUUCAGUUGGAUUUUCUCCCCAGGACUGUGGUCUCUGUGCAGCCACAGAUUGUUUAAGCUUUGGUCAGUAUAGCAGACAGAAAUCAGUUUCCAUUGGACAGGCGUUGUUUUAAAUUUUCCUGCUGCUGCCACCAUAGGUCAUCUGUCUUCUCAGUAGCUGUGUAAUAAUUGUAAGAAGCAACACCUGUGUUAAGGUAAUCGUGAAUGUUGCCAUUGGCUUUUAGCAGUGGUUCGGGCAGUUUGUACAGUAAACUGCAGUUGAAGAAUAAUCCAGUUGAUGCAGUUCUUGAGGGUGUGGGCAACUGCUUUUAUUCCCUAUGCUUAAAUUUGUGAACCCUAAGAUAUUUUUCCCCACUGAGAAUUGACAAAUGUUUUUUUUUUUGUUUUGUUUUUUUUUUGUUUGUUUUUUUUAAUUGCACUCCAGUAUAAUUUUUGAGUUAAAAUACUGUUUAGUGUUUCCACUCAUGAUGGCAUAAAGAGAUACUUCCUGGCCUGCAUGCCUUUAAAUAUCACAUCACAUUCCUACUGUUGUUUCUGUGCUGCACUGCUCGUUUUGCAAACCUGAUCAGCUUCACUGUGUGCUGAAUAGAUUUUCCCCCAUGUGUUGACUUCUGAUUUGUUCCUAUGACUUUUGAUUUUAGUAUUAUGGAAGAGAAUUAGGGCCACAUGUGGGGGAAAAAAAAGAAAUUAGAAUUCUGAGAUUGAAGUCGGAACUCAGAAAAAGUCAGAGUUCUGCCUUUUUUUUCGAGAUCCUUCUUUCUGUUUUUUUCACGUGGCCCUAAUCCUCUUUCGUAUAAAAUAAAUACAGUGCUAAAUUUUGAUUUUCUGUAAGGGCUGCUUUAACAGUUUGGUUCUGUUUCUGGUUUAUAUGGUAAGGCAGUGGCAGUUUUAUUUUUGAAUAAACCUCUUCAACAUA